AUGUUACCUCGUAAAUCAGGUGAGUUCACAUACGUUAAAGCAUAAAAAUACCGCCUCUGGGCAUAAUAUCCUUAAAUUUUAGAAGCGCAUAGGGCACUGGAAUUAUUAGAAGAAUAUCACGCUGAGUUAACAAAGACGACAGAUAUUGAGCUACGGAAAUACAUCGAAAAGAUUAUAUCCUACUUCAAGAGUAACCUCUUCCAAGCAUUAUGUGGUAAGUUGCGGUUAUUCUGAUCGUCAAGCGGCUGUCCUGUCAAAAUUACUCAAGCGUCGCAUUGACAUAAAUUGCAGAUAUCCAAGAUCUUUAUGACAACACGUUGAUGAAUGAGAGAGUUGGUGUUUUACAGAAGAUCAGUGAGACUAGAAGAUUUGCUGAAAGAUGGGAGAAUAAUCCUCCAUUUGGCGGUAUCUCCAGAGCAAACGUAAGAGAGAAGUCCCUGUACAAUGUGAUGCAUAUUUUUAGAGUAGACCAGUCCUCUGCACUGCCACGUUAAAUCCUCCUGGUACAAAUGGAGUGGAAACAACAAAAAGAUCCUAUACUUACGAGGAGAAAACCAAAGAAAUUGUAAGCAUUCAACUAAAGUUUUUCCAGUUUGGCUUUCGCUCAAUAACGCGAUCGUAUUUUAGAAAGAUGGGAAUAUCUUUACUCACCAAUAUGCAACAAAGACAUUUGAAGAUCCUACAGGAGUCACAACUCAAACAACCAGUGCCAACACUUUAACGGACGAGAAUGGAAUUGAAUGGGAAGUCGAAGACGUUAUCCUAGAAAAGAACCAGACAGGCCUCGGGUUCUCCAUAAGUGGAGGACUUGACAAAUCCCCAGCUCCUGAUCAUCUUAUUCGCGUCACUCAUAUAGCCCCAGGCGGUGCCGUCGCGAAGGAUGGCCGAAUUCGAGUUAACGACGUCAUCAUGCAAGUAAACAACACUAUUUGCGAAAACGUUAACCAUGAUGUAGCUGUAAAGGCGCUGCAGAAUGCCGGAAGCGUUGUCAGGCUUGUGAGUUUACCUAUAUAUACGAAAUUAUAACUAUAGUCUACGGUAGUAAAUGAAUUUUCAGGUUGUCAAAAGAGUAAAGCAUGGUCUAGGAGCGCCAUUGCCACCAAUCCAUCAAACCUCCGGAAUCCUUUCUUCGAGUACUCUGCCGCGGAGCUCAGGAUCAUCUCUUCCUUACCCAUCUGGAUUAUCCUUUUCUCCACCAGAAAUAUUGCGCCUAGAGACCACCCCAGGAGUAAAGAAGAUCGAAUUAUUUAAGGUAUUCCAUCUCUUUGUUGCGUAAUUAAUUCAUUGUAAUAGUCGCGCCGUAAAGUCCCGACACAUUUGCACAGUGCAUUUUUGUUUUUCUUUCGGACUCGUCGCACUAACGACAUGCACUUUUCUGCGAGCUCGCUCCAGUUUUCUCGCGCGACACCCGCGACAAAUGUGUCAGGACUUGCGCGACUAGUAUGUACGGACACGUCUGUAUAAUUAUUUUUUUUCAACACAGCCACCAGUGGCAAAUUCGUUCUAACUCGGACUAAAUUUUGGCGGAUCUUGUCUCAAGUAAGUACAGGGUGUACCAAUUUGGUGGGCCGAUUUGAAUUGGCUAUAACUUCUUUGAUUUUGGGCCUGAUUUUAAAAUUAUUUUUUUUUUCUGAAUCCUCAGACAAGGCAGGAGUACUGAAAUCUCGCCAUCUUCGUCGUAAAGAACAAAAGAUCUCAAAAAAUGCCGAAAAUCAGUCGUAUCUUGUGAACGGUGGAGAUAGUUGUGGGAAACAUAGGUUCAUAAGGUUUAGAAUUUUGUAUAGAAUAGUUUGUAAUCAAAAUACCCAAAGGAAAUCCGCUCCUAAGGAGUGAAACCCGGAGGGCACAGAUAUGAAAAUUUUGAAAAUCCGCAAAGUUGGGGAAAAGAUUUGGCCCUAAACAAAGAUGAAAUUGAAUCUAAGUUUCGCAGUAUAAGUUUUUUUGAUCCAAUAUAACAUUCCAUUUUUAGGGCCGACAAUUUUAACAACCGAAAACAGUAAAAGAAAGUAUUAGUUUUUCGUUGUUUGUUUCUUUUUACUGUAGUUUACUAAAAGGUAUGUUAUAUUUGGUAUUAAAAAAAUGGGAAUGUCCGAGGAUUCAGGGAAAAAAAGAAUUUUAAAAUUUGGCCCAAAAUUAGAGAAGUUAUAGCUAAUUCAAAUCGGGCCACCAAAUUGGUACACCCUGUAUAAAAUUUCGCUCAAAGAAUGUAGAUAAAAAUUAUUCCAAACAGUAAGCAAGAUCCGCCGGACUUAGUCCAAGGUUACUAAAUUUCCCGUUUGGAUUGAAAGAAAAAAUUCGAAAAACCCGUCCAUAUAUCCUUUCUUUCAGGAUUUCGCACCUGAUGGAACACCGAGAGGAAUAGGAGUUAGCAUUGCCGGUGGAAUAGGCAACGAACAUUACCAAGGGGACUCCAGUAUCUAUAUUACAAAUAUCAUCGAAAACACGCCGGCGGCCAGAGACGGGCGUCUUCAACGGGGAGAUCAACUUUUGGCGGUCGACGAUACAGUUCUUCAGAACGUCACUCAUCAGUUUGCUGUGGAUACAAUGAAAUCAACAGGAAACAAGGUGACAUUGUACUACAGAAGGCCCAAUACAGACCUAGAAGACAGCGUUUCGAGAUCCAUCGGAUCUUUGUCCCAUCUCAAUGUCAACCAACCACAAGAACUAACAACUGAUCCUCGUUGGGUUGUAUUGAAGAAGGGAGAAGGUGGCCUUGGAUUUAAUAUUGUGGGCGGUGAAGAUGGUGAACCUAUCUAUGUCUCUCAUGUGAUACCGGGAGGUGUCGCAGACAUCAGCAACAAUGUCAGGAAAGGGGACGUUCUUCUCCAAGUAAACGAUACAAUUCUGGCCAACGCAACUCACGCUGCCGCCGCUGCGGCUUUAAAACGUUGUCAGCCGAAUUCGAAUGUCAAAUUGCUUCUACAGUAUCAGCCAUUUCAAUACCAGCAAUUCGAGGAGAAGGUCGAGAGACUUCGGAAUGAUCUGAUUCAACAAAACCAGGGCCAAGUCGCGGCCGCCGCUACAGUCGGAGUUCCGAUUGGCCAGAAUUUCUAUGAAGAGCCCAUUUAUGUAAGGGCCUUGUUCGACAAUGAUCCCAGUCGAGAUCCCGGAGUUCCCCCUCGAGCACUGCAAUUCAAUUAUGGUGACAUUCUAAGAGUUUACAACAGAGAUGACGAUGACUGGUGGAAAGCCCGAAGGGUUGGCGAUAAUGGUGAGGGCCCUGAAGGUGUCAUCCCAAGCAAACGAAGAGUUGAGAAACGAGAGAAACAGAGACGAAAACAAGUGAGAUAAUACCUUAACAAAAUUAAGCCAAUUUACGACUAUCAACAAACAUCUGUUUUCAGGUAAACUUCAACCAAGGAAGUCAAAGUCUGGGAAGAAACUCUUCUAUGGGAGGAGGUGGUGGUCUCGAAAAUAGAAGAGGCUCCAGAAGUCAGCUUUCCUUCUCACGAAAAUUCCCAUUCGUUAAAUCAACUGAGAAACUGAAUGAAUUAUCGGAAAAUGAGUUCGCAGAAGAGCCCAUCUUCACAUAUGAAGUUGUAACUCAACAGCAAGGUAACCUUUUGUCAGUAGAUACUAAUCAUAAUCCAGUUUUUAUUCACAUUGAUCCUUCGUUUCAGUCAACUACGUUCGCCCAGUAAUAAUUUUGGGAGCGCUGAAGGAUAAGAUUAACGACGAAUUGGUGACCAAAUUCCCGAAUAAAUUCGGUAGUUGUGUCCCACACACAUCAAGACCGCCCCGGCCUAACGAGAUACAUGGUCGCGAUUAUUAUUUCGUAUCCAAGGAAGAGAUGGAACGAGAUGUCAAGAACAAUCUCUUUAUUGAAGCCGGACAAUUCCAAGGAAAUCUAUAUGGAACAUCCAUUGAUGCUGUAAGACAAGUGGCCAGUGAAGGGAAACAUUGCAUCCUCGAUGUAAGUGGAAACGCGAUAAGGAGGCUUCGGUCGACAGCUGGAAUCUAUCCUGUGUCCGUCUUCAUAAAACCUUACAAUCAACAUCAACUGCGGUAAGUCCACGUUUUAGAAAAGAAACAAAAAUAAUAUGUUUCAGUGAAUGGGAUCCCACUCUGAGUGAUCAAGAAGCAUACGCCCUCUUUGAGCGAUGCCAGCGUCAAGAACAAACCUUUGGAGAUCUGUUCACAGGUGAGAUCAACUAAAUCAAACUGAGAUAAAUGUGCUUUCAGCUGUUGUAACCGGCCAUACGUUCGAUGAUGUUCUGAACAAAACGCUACGUGUGAUUCAAGACCAGAGCCGUCCAGACGUUUGGGUACCGGACAACCGACCUCUCUAA